AUGCAUGGUGCUUACAUUGUGCCGAUGCUCGUCCUUGCCGGGCGAGCGUAUGCUGCGUCCCUCGACCAUUUAAUGCCUGCAAUGAACGCUACCCGUCUGAUCAAGAGUUCCGAAGAAGAUCCUGGCGAGUGGAUUCACCAGGACGACUUGUUUGAAAGAUUUACCUCCAAGGGCCUUGGUUUCAUCGACAUCACCGAUAUCGAGGAUCCCGAAGUCAUGGCCAUUCUCAACGGCGAAGUCCCCUUUGAGACGGCGAGCGCACAAACCUACCCCGACAAGAUGCUGCAUGUGGGCGAGGCCAAGAAGCUCGUUGACGCCAUCACCAUGGACGGACCCAAGGGCUGGAUUCGCGAUCUCUCCCACUUCCACACCCGCGACUCGCGAGGAAAACAAGCCGUAGCCGCCGCCGACUACAUCUUCGAAGCCACCAAAAAGGCCGCCGCCCCCAACAGCAACAUCAAAGUCCAACAGGUCAAGCACCGCUGGAACCAGCCCUCGACCAUUGCCAUUCUCCCCGGUGAGAACCCCGAGAUGGUCAUUCUCGGCGCCCACUUCGACAGCACGGCCGGCGGCGCCGAUGCCCGGGCCCCUGGUGCCGACGACAACGCCUCUGGCUGCGCCGUUGUUCUCGAGGCCCUCCGUAUUGCUGCCGCACAGGGCUGGAAGCCCAAAAAUACUAUCGAAUUCCACUUCUACGCCGCUGAAGAGGUUGGACUUCUCGGCGCAAAGGACAUCUUUAAGGAAUACAAGGCCCAGAAGAAGACUGUCAUUGGCUUCCUCAACCAGGACAUGGUUGGCUGGCAGCCUAGCAAGACACCCGCCGUCAUGACCGAUCAUGCUAGCGGUGCUCUUGUUGAGUACAUUACAAAGGUCAUCACUGAGUAUACCGGCAAGGCACCGAACCGGAGCAAGUGCGGAUAUGCGUGUUCGGAUCAUGCGCCCGCUACGGCAAAUGGCUUCCCUGCCGUUUGGGUCUUUGAGGAUGUCUGGGACAAGAAGACGCCACACUACCAUUCAGCAAAAGAUACUAUCGAUACUGUACAAUGGGAUGCAGUCACCAAACACGUCAAGUUUGCAGUAGGAUUCAUGGUGGAGGCUUCGCAUAUUCCCAAAUCAAACUAGAAUGCAUUUUUUCGUUCUGGAUAUACGCUAGAUUCUUUAUAUAACUUAUACAAAUUCUUUAUCUACUUAUCCGAUAAAUUGUCCAUUCUCAUCAAAUGGCAGUGCAUCUCCAGCGGUGCGUUCCUCCUCGGCCUCAGGAUCAUAGACAGCAGUUGAUAGUAGCAGUACAGGUCCGCUGUCUUCGCCUGGAGGUGGGCCGAGCUGAGGCAAUGGCCGCUCCUCUCCCUGCCUCACUGUCUCGCGGGCUCGGCUGCCUCUCGGUUUGUAGUUGUCUGGACGAGACAACUUGGGGGGAGAAGGCGCUGUUGAUGCGCUUCUGUGCGACGGGCUAUCGGGCUUAAAGGGCGGGAACUCGUCUGCAAGGUCAGACAAGCUGGCACGUCGUCCUCGAGACGGGCGGUUGUCAUCGUCGCCCGAUCUCCUUCGCUGACUUGGCGCUGGGGUUGCAGUUCGGGAGCUCGAUACACUUCCGGUUGCAAAGUAGCCAACAACGUCCUCGAUCACAGCUACUUCUCCGUCCGAGAUCUCCAAGAUGACAUCCAUGUCUCGGAGUGUUUCAAGACGGUGGGCAAUAAUGAGUGUGGUACAGUCAUGGAAGGUAUGUCUCAAGGCCGCUUGGACCUGGUCAUCGCUUCUCGGGUCCAGCUGGCUGGUAACCUCAUCCAUCAAUGCUAUUUUGGACUUGGUUUGAAUGUGGUGUAUCAUGCCUCUAGCAAUAUUCACCAAUUGCCGCUGGCCUUCGGAUAGUUUAAUGCUGGACAAGGGAGCAUCUAACCCUCCUCGUCGUAGGAUGUGGUCCCAUAAGCCAAUAUCCUCGAGAAUCACGAUCAUGGUUGCGUCCGUGAUAGGUUCAGCCCGAGGAUCAGCGUACGGGGAUAAGUUAUAGCGAACUGUGCCUGGUAGAAUGACAAAUUCUUGACUGAUCGUUGUAAUUCGUGAGCGGAGUAGGUCAUGGGGAACUGUUCGCAGCUCUUCGUCAUCAAUUUUGAUGUGACCUUCAUACUGCAUCAUCUUGAGCAGAAUCAUCAUCAAGGAAGACUUUCCACU